AGUCAGCGGGGCUGGACUGUAGUAGUUUUAAGUAGCAGCAGCCUGAGACAAGCUCUUCAUUACUUGAUCAGCUUCUGACUGAGAGGGAUCGUCUCUACUACUGGAUAACAACAGACCACAUCGGAUCACAGAAGACAAAAUGAAGCUGUUACAGCAAAGGGAGGAUACAACAAAUGAUAGAAAGUUCUUAAAAUCUCAGGUGGAGAAAAGACGAAGGGAGAGGAUGAACUGCAGUCUGGAGCGUCUGAGGUCCAUGUUGGUUCAGGAGCCAGAGCAACAACCGGGUGGGACUCAGAGCAGAGUGGAGAAAGCUGAGAUCCUCGAGCACACAGUCCUCUUUUUACAGAAGACUACUAAAGGAGACAAAGCGCGAGCUGGAGGAGGCGAACAUUCCUUCCAAGACGGGGUCUCCACCUGCCUGCAGAGAGCUGCUCAGUUCCUGGGACCUGAGGGAAAAAGCCUGUGGCUCGGAGCAGCACUGGAUGGAUAUUUUGCUGCUCGCUUUUCCCGUUCAGACUCUGACUCUGCAGCAGGCGUCCAAAAAAGAACCGAAGCUCAGUCCUCGUCCAGCUCUCUGUCACACUCAAAGUCCAUUCUUCAGAUGCUGAGGCAGAAAUCCAAGCACAGAGCAUGCAGUCCAAAGAGUUUUGCUCAUCCGUACAAACUUCCAGUGCAGCAAGAGUCCCCCACAGUUCCUCAACAGGCUCAGACACAGAAUCAGCUUGAGUCCAGAGUGGAGAGGCGAGCGAGCAAACAAAGUCCGUCCCCAAACUGUCCAGUCGGCCAGACUCUGUGGCGGCCCUGGCCUUGAUUUCAUUACCAACAAAACUGAACUUUUAAUGACUCUAUUAUAUAUCUAUAAUACUCACUUCAUGCCAGCUGUACUGUUACUGAAAGAACAUUGGCAAAGGAAAAACCUGUUUAGGCCUGUGAAUAAUGUUACAAAUGUCUUGUGUACAUGUGAUGUAUGCGUGAACGUGUUCCCUCACUACUCCUCUGUAGUGGUUAUGAAUGAGUGCAGACAGCGGGGCAGCUAUCUGUUCUGCAAGCAGGCACAGGGGCUCAUCAAGAGCGAGAGAGCCCAGUCCAUGUAGCCCAGCCGAGCUUUUCGAGCUGAAAGAACAGAGUUUAGAGGUUAGUAUUGUUGAGAUGAAGAGCUUCUGCCUUCCUCAUAAUACUGAAAGAUCACCUGCUCAACCUGGCAUCACGAUUCCAAAGUUUAAUGCUAGAGUGGAUAGUGACUGAGAGUCCGUCCAUCGCAGGUGUGGGAUGUCAUGGUUGGAGGUUUGGAGAGUCCUGCACCUUCAACUGUGUGCCAGGUUGUCUGCGAGCAGCAGAGUCCAUAAUAUAACAUGUAUUCUUUAUCAAUAUAAAUAUAUUUUGUCUAUUUUGCACACUAAUUUAUUCUGGAUGUCUCCCUAUGGUGAGCAGUAUUCUUUUUUAUAAGAAAAUAAAAACAUUCCUUAAAUUGA